AUGGGCUGCGUUCCCAGCAUCCACGUCUCGCAGAGCGGCGUGAUUUACUGCCGGGACUCGGACGAGUCCAAUUCCCCCCACCAGACCACCGCCACCAUCUCGCAGGGCACCGCCGCCACCUUGCACGGCCUCUUCAUCAAGACCGACGCGGCCGACACCAUCCCUUCCGUGCUCGCCUACCAGAGCCGCCAGCCGCAGCCCACCUGCCCGGCGCACCCGCGCAGGGAGCCCGCCGGACGAGAGGGCAGGAGCGGAGGGCGCCACUGCUGCGGCGUCGAGGCGGAGACCCAGACCAGCCAGACCAGCGUCAAGCAGGCUUCAACUACAGAGGUACAAAUUGGGCCCAUGAGACUGACACAAGAUCCUAUUCAGGUGUUGCUUAUCUUUGCAAAAGAAGACAAACAGAGUGAUGGAUUCUGGUGGGCUUGUGAUAGAGCUGGAUAUAGGUGUAACAUUGCUCGGACACCAGAAUCAGCACUUGAAUGUUUUCUUGAUAAACAUCAUGAAAUAAUUGUAAUAGAUCAUAGAAACUCCAGAUACUUUGAUGCAGAAGCCGUCUGUAGGGCAAUCCGUGCGACAAAACCCGCUGAACAUACUGUAAUAUUAUCUGUUAUUCCACAUAGAUCAGCUGACCAAGAAGAAAUCUCUGUACUCCCCCUUCUCCAUGCAGGUUUUAAUAGGGUAUUUUUUGAGAAUAGCAGCAUCAUUGUGUGUUACAACGAACUGAUUCAAAUAGAAUAUGGUGAGGUACGGUCACAAUUCAAAUUACGGGCUUGUAAUUCAGUGUUUACAGCUCUGGACCACUGUCAUGAAGCUAUAGAAAUAACUAGUGAUGAUCAUGUAAUACAGUAUGUUAAUCCAGCUUUUGAGCGAAUGAUGGGCUAUCAAAAGGGAGAGCUAAUUGGAAAGGAGCUUACUGAACUUCCAAAAAGUGACAAAAACCGUGCAGACCUACUGGACACAAUCAACACAUGUAUCAAAAGAGGGAAAGAAUGGCAAGGAGUUUAUCAUGCACGGAGGAAAUCAGGAGACAGUAUUCAACAGCAUGUGAAGAUAACUCCUGUGACUGGCCAAGGAGGGAAAAUCAGACAUUUUGUAUCUAUCAAGAAGCUGUGUUGCACCAAUGAAAGCAACAAACAGAGCUACAAGAUUCAUCACGAUGGGAAGAGCUCAGGAGACCAGUUUCAUUCAGAAUCUCACUCCUUCAGAUGCAAGAACAGGAGGAAAGAAUCCAUUGAUGUCAAAUCUAUAACUUCUCGAAGCAGUGAUGCCCCAAGCUUACAGAAUCGUCGGUAUUCAUCUGUGGCAAGAAUUCACUCCAUGACGAUAGAAGCUCCAAUUACAAAGGUCAUUAAUAUAAUCAAUUCAGCUCAAGAGAACAGUCCUGUAACUGUUGCAGAGGCGUUAGAUAGAGUUUUGGAAAUCUUACGGACAACAGAACUUUACUCUCCUCAAUUAGGUACCAAAGAUGAAGAUCCUCACACUAGUGAUCUUGUUGGAGGUCUGAUGACUGAUGGCUUGAGAAGGUUGUCAGGAAAUGAGUAUGUAUUUUCUAAAAAUAUGAACCAGAGCCAUGGUCACCUCUCAGUGCCCGUUACCAUCAAUGAUGUUCCACCCUGUAUUGCACGCCUACUAGAAAAUGAAGAGAGCUGGGACUUCAAUAUUUUUGAAUUGGAAGCUGUCACACAUAAAAAGCCACUGGUUUAUCUAGGGAUGAAAACUUUUGCCCGCUUUGGUGUCUGUGAGUCUUUAAAUUGUUCAGAAGCCACACUACGAGCCUGGUUCCAGGUGAUUGAAGCCAACUAUCAUUCCUCCAAUUCCUACCAUAACUCCACCCAUGCAGCUGAUGUCUUACAUGCUACUGCAUUCUUUCUGGGGGAAGACAGAGUUAAGGGGAGCCUAGAUCAUUUAGACAUAGUAGCUGCAUUAAUUGCUGCAACAGUUCAUGAUGUGGAUCAUCCAGGGCGGACCAACUCUUUCCUGUGCAAUGCAAGCAGUGAACUAGCUGUUCUCUACAAUGACACUGCAGUAUUGGAAAGCCACCACACAGCUCUAGCAUUCCAGCUCACAGCAAAAGACAGCAAGUGCAACAUUUUCAAAAAUCUCAACAGAAAUCAUUAUCGGACUCUUCGUCAGGCAAUUAUUGACAUGGUUUUGGCAACAGAAAUGACAAAACACUUUGAACACGUGAAUAAGUUUGUGAAUAGCAUCAUCAAGCCCUCAGAAGAAAGCCAUUCCAAUAGUGAAGGUAGUGACUGUGACUGUACAACCAAUCUCAAGAAUUUUCCAGAUAAUCAGACACUGAUCAAGCGCAUGAUGAUUAAAUGUGCAGAUGUUGCAAAUCCAUGUCGACCUCUAGAACUGUGUAUUGAAUGGGCUGGCAGGAUUUCAGAAGAAUAUUUUGCACAGACUGAUGAAGAAAAAAGGCAAGGACUACCAGUUGUUAUGCCAGUAUUUGACCGAAACACAUGUAGCAUCCCCAAGUCUCAGAUAUCCUUCAUCGAUUACUUCAUAAUGGACAUGUUUGAUGCUUGGGAUGCAUUUGCACACCUACCUGUUCUGAUGCAGCACUUGGCAAAUAAUUACAAACACUGGAAAACAUUAGAUGAAUUAAAGUGUAGAAGCCUCAGGCUUCCUUCAGAGAACAACAAUGGAAGCUGA